GUGCAAGGGGAAAGAAAAAAGAAAAGCCGUUUCAUUCCGUCACGGUUGCGGAAAUGUCAGAGAAUGAAUCGGAAUCGAUGAAAUUGAGCUCCGAAGAGCUUUCGAGUGAGUUCAAAACCCUCGUUAGUUCCGAUGAUCUUCGUUCCCUUAACCAUUUACAACACACCAUAUUGGGAAGAUUGCAAGAUAGCAAUGCAGUUUUAUCGCAUUUCAAUGAUUUCUCUCAACAUUGUUUCACUGAGAUUUCCGGUGAUAUGGCCAGAAAUACUCGUGUCUUGAAGUCUAUCAAAUCUGACCUAGAUUAUAUUUUUCUCAAACUAAGAAACAUAAAGACGAAACUUUCCACAACUCAUCCAGAUGCAUUUCCAGAAGAUUCAAUGAGCAAAGUGAUUGAUAGGAGACCAGAUCUGGAAAUGCCUAAGUAGCUAAUGAUGUUAUUGAACACAAAUUUCAGAACAAGUUAUACAAAAUUAAGAGGACCUGCUUGGAUGAGUAAGGAAUGGACAACGUUAUCUCAGGAGGACGACUCGGGUGACGCCUUCGAGAAAAAAAACGGCUAUAAUUUUAUUUUAGUCUGCUUAUGAAGUGGGGACGAUAGCUUUCAAGGGGUUUAACUUUAUGUAGCAUAUAGUGAGGACUAUUUGAUAAUUGUAGAACAUCACAGAUUCAAAUUAUCCGAGUCGGUGAACUUUUUAUAAACCAUAAAAUACCCUUGUCCGCA